UGUUGUCUGUCUCAACCAGAACAAUGAAACACAGCUCAAUUCAGUUUUUGCUGCUCCUUCUGGGGACAUGCUCGGCUUACACCUAUCAAAACGUGGCCUUGCGUGGAAAAGCGACGCAGUCAAACCGUUAUGUGCAUGCAUUUGGAGCUGCUAGCAGUGCCAUUGAUGGAAACCGUGAAUCUAAUUUCCACUCUGGCUCAUGCACCCACACUGUGGAACAGGCCAACCCCUGGUGGAGAGUGGACCUGCUGGAGUCCUACAUCGUCACCUCCAUAGUCGUCACCAACAGAGGGGACUGCUGUGCAGAGAAGCUCAACGGGGCAGAGAUUCACAUCGGCAACUCUUUACAAGACAACGGUGCUGCAAACCCAGUGGCUGGUGUAAUUCCUCAUAUCCCAGCAGGCAGGUCCUUAAAAAUGACUCUAACCAGCCUUGUGGAGGGACGUUAUGUGACUGUGGUUCUGCCUGGUUUAAGAAGGGUCCUUAUGCUCUGUGAAGUGGAAGUCUACGGAUACCGCGCUCCAACCGGAGAGAAUCUGGCGCUCCAGGGAAAAGCCACACAGUCGUCUUUGUAUUCUACAGGCAUUGCAUAUUUAGCUAUUGAUGGGAAUCGUAUUGGGUACUGGAACCAGGGUUCUUGUACUCACACAAAGGCCGACUUCAACCCCUGGUGGCGACUGGACCUGGGCAAAACUCAUAAAGUGUUUUCUGUUAACGUAACCAACACUGUCGAUUCUGUCCCACAACGACUUAAUGGAGCUGAGAUCCGAAUUGGAGAUUCUCUUGAAAACAACGGCAACAACAAUCCCAGGUGUGCUGUGAUCUCAAGCAUCCCCGGAGGUUUCACCCACACCUUCCAGUGUAAUGGGAUGAACGGCCGCUACAUCAACAUCGUCAUUCCUGGAAGAGCCGAGUACUUGACCCUGUGUGAGGUGGAGGUGUACGGCUCCAGACUGGAUUAGCUCUGAGGAAGUUUAAAGCUGAUAAGGACAGUUACUUAUUAUAUUGGUCUUGUAUAGACUCAUCAUUCAUCCCCAAAAUACAAACAUAUAUUUUUCCUCUUACCUGCAGUGUUGGAGAUAUGUCGUAGAGAUGUCUGUCUUCUCUCAAAUAUAAUGGAACUAGAUGGCACUUGUCUUGUGGUGCUCAGAGUGCCAAAAAUACAGCAGCAAUGUCUCUUUUCAGAAAUCAUGACCCAGUUACUCAAAAUAAUCCACAGACCUUGUUGUGAGCAGUUUCAUGUAGGGGCUAUUUUCUCUCUAUCGAACUGCACCCACCAACCGUAUCACUGGGCACCACUGAGCUAGCUAACGUUAAAGCUCAGCCGAGGGGGGCGCCAUUAAUCUUUACAUCUUGUGCUGUCACAGGCUCGAGCCUCUCAUCCAUAAGUAGAUGCACGCUUCCUUCUGACAGGAAAAGUACAGCUGUAUUUAUCUGAGAAUUGACCGUCAACAGCGAGUAAACGUGGCAGGUUUUUCAAAAUGCAGCGUAUAAAAGGAAAACACACAAUAAAAGUUUGUGUUUAUGUUGUUAAAUGUACAAUCAACCAGUGCUAUCAUGUAUCCUGAAAAGAUAACAAUAAAAGUGUGUUACAUUGACUGAUCUGA